AUGCUGAUGACAAAUAAGGCCACAUCAAACCAACUGCUGGUUGUGAACAUGUUAAGGUAAGUAAAAAUGGGCUCACGUCAGGAACAUGGAGUUUUUAAUUUUGUCUGGAAAAGGUUGUAGGCUUGAGAGUGAAUAGAAUUUACCGCGUGAAUGUAAUGCAUAUUAGUCACAAUGCUUUUACAAACAGUUUUAUUGGGUUAUGGUGAUUUGAUUAAGGGCCAUGUUGAACGAGAAGUAAAUUACAGUGGACUUUGAACUAAACCAUUAUAAAACUAACUUCACAGACUCUUUCUUUAAUUAAAAUGAUACCAUUUUCAAAUUAAUAUAACGUUACGGGCAUACGAAGCGAAAAUAAAACUGCACUAAACGACCAUAACACCCCAAAACGGUUAUGUUAACAUGUCAAAAGUUUGAUUAAACAGAACAACGAGAAUCCCGUAAGCUAUAAUUAUAAUUCUAAUGUUAAAAUAAUUAUAGGGUCAACAUAUCAUCUGGUUACUUUAUUCAAACAUCAACAACGCGUAUUUUGAACAUAAGGUAACAUUUUUUUCUCUAACUGCUCCCAUGGAAAUGAUUGUACUUUUAAGCCAAAAAAUAGUCCAAAUUCGGAAUUGCAUGAUUAAUUUUCUUUGUCUUAAAGACUUGCGCUUUACAGGGUGCACCAAAAUUUGUAGGUGCGAAAACAGGGAGAGUUCCAUAACUAUUGGCGGAAUACUCGCCAAGCCUUGUAAUUUGGAACAUGUAAAUUUGAGAGCUAUAUGUGUUUGCUCGAGAAAUUGUAGCUAUAAAAAGAGUAAGCAAAUUGGAACAUGGCCCUUUGAAAACGGUCAACUCUUCACCGAAACCCAUAAAUUCACUUUUUCGAAUAAAUUCCCACAUUCCUCACGUGGAACUUACCUGUUCAUUAAUGCCCACGAAGUUCUCUAAAGAAAGUCAUAAAAAUGUUCCUGAUUGUUUGCUAAUUCUAUAAGGUCAAAACCAAUCAUCUUUCAUUUUUCAACCUUAUAUUAGGUUGUUCAACAAAUAGUGAGCCUCUGUGAGAGGGGCAAAGCUUAAAGUCUCUAAAAAAGACAAGCGAUGAUCAUUAUUUGUUGGACAACCUAAUAAAUAAUAACCCAACAAUCAUACUCUUUUCCCUUAUAUAUACUAUAGUUCAAACUUUGCGCCCAAUACGCCGUUAUACACACUGCAUUUUUUGCCAGUCAAAUUUAACUAAAUUAAAGAUUAUGUCCGAAAGUGUCUGACAAUUACAUAUUUCAACACUAACGAUCUCUUUGCAUUUGGUAUUCACGGUAAACGAACUCUUAUGCAAUGGAACAGGUGCACUCCCAUUUUAUCAUUUUUUUUUCUAAUUUUAUUUCAUCGCCAUUCCCAUGUAACCUUUCAUCCCUAUCGUCGACAUGUCGACUCUACUCAAUAUAGCUGACGGGAUCUUUGUUUUUAUCUCUUUGUUAUCAAUUCUCUCGCCUCUAAUUGUACUUUAUAUCGUUAUUAUACUCCGCCGAUUUAAUUUGGACCAGUCUGAAACUUGAAAACGGUUAUAGAUAUGAACUCCAUUCCUUCAACAAGUUUGAUCACCAGUCGACUCUAUGUUCAACUGUAGCCAAAUAUUUCCUCUGCCUUGAGGCACAAGAAAAAUAUUCGAAUUUUGUAAUUUUUUCUGUCGAAAAAGUUUGGACCAGGGCAACAAAAAUUUGCAUUUCUUUAUCACUAGGUGGGGUGAAACCAUGAUAACUUGUGAAAAUAAUUGUGAUUCCCUGCUGAUACUAACGAGCAGGGAAUUCCGAGAUUAGCGCUGUGUUUAAGGCCCUGAGGGCAAUUUUUAAGAAAAUUCCCAAAAUUCCAGAAUUUUUUCGCCCUGGCGCUUGAGUAAGAAGCGUAAAUCGACUUAAAUUAGUUUCUGUGCAACCACAGUAUCGUGUACAUCUAAUUGGAUGACGUUAUAAAAUAGUUUUACAUCUAAAAUUUUUUGUUCUUGGAGGAUUUGCGACUUUGAAACUUGGGUUGGCGAUAAUAGUGAGGCCACUGCGCUCAAACAACUGCUAAAUCAUACAGUGUUUUGCUUGGGACAUAUGAGGGGCAUCCCACACUUUCCUUCUGUGUCAAAACAAUAUCCGAUUUACACGCGACAAAUGCACAAUAGACCGAACACUUUGAUAAAAAAAUUUAAGAAGAGGGUGCUUACUUAAAAGUUUUCCAAAGUGAAAAAAGAUGGUCCUAUAUGUACAUUGUACGUUUAUUCCGCUAUGAGGUGCUAGACAGACCUGAUAGAACUUAAUUUGAUGCACAUUAAAUUGUUUUUUCUCAACAUGUUUCGACUGGGCCAACGAAAACUUUUUUUAUCAAAGUCUUCGGUCUAUUGUGCAUUUGUCGCGUGUAAAUCGGAUAUUGUUUUGACACUGAAGGAAAGUGUGGGAUGCCCCUCAUAUGUCGAAAGCAAAACGCUGUAUGAUUUAGCAGUUGUUUGAGCGCAGUGGUCUCACUAUUAUCGCCAACCCAAGUUUCAAAGUCGCAAAUCCUCCAAGAACAAAAAAUUUUAGAUGUAAAACUAUUUUAUAACGUCAUCCAAUUAGAUGUACACGAUACUGUGGUUGCACAGAAACUAAUUUAAGACGAUUUACGCUUCUUACUCAAGCGCCAGGGCGAAAAAAUUCUGGAAUUUUGGGAAUUUUCUUAAAAAUUGCCCUCAGGGCCUUAAACACAGCGCUAAUCUCGGAAUUCCCUGCUCGUUAGUAUCAGCAGGGAAUCACAAUUAUUUUCACAAGUUAUCAUGGUUUCACCCCACCUAGUGAUAAACAAAUGCAAAUUUUUGUUGCCCUGGUCCAAACUUUUUCGACAGAAAAAAUUACAAAAUUCGAAUAUUUUUCUUGUGCCUCAAGGCAGAGGAAAUAUUUGGCUACAGUUGAACAUAGAGUCGACUGGUGAUCAAACUUGUUGAAGGAAUGGAGUUCAUAUCUAUAACCGUUUUCAAGUUUCAGACUGGUCCAAAUUAAAUCGGCGGAGUAUAUGCACUCUCCAUCCAAUAUGCGGGGAUAUACGAGAUUUAUUGCCAAUUUUACGGUAAGAAUCGACCGAAUAAAUGGGAAAUGGCGUAUUUUAGCUUUGGGAUUUCAUUUUUUCAUUUGUCCUCGGCGUCCUUGUCCGACCGGAACCGAUUUUUCCAUUUACUGGUGCUUCUGUCAACGGGUUGUUUCGAUAUUUUGGAGAUCCUGGAGGGAGUUGUCGGUAAGCUAAAGAAGGGGUUUUCUAGAACAGUGAUGUCCAGAUUUUGAUAUUCAAUGAUUUCUACUGAUUAGAAAUGAGUCUGUCGGGAAAAUAAUGGGCACAAAGUCGCUGCUCCGAUCAUGUCACUGAGGUAAAAAACAAUUUGAUUUGGUCGUCAUACAAUUCAUUUUCUCAACGGCGAUAUGAUCUAAUAGGAAGCGACAGAGCCCUCAUUAUUUUCCCGACAGGCUGGUAGAUGCUAAAGAAAAGAGAAAUACCUUAUUUGAUAAAAAAGAAGUUUUCAAUGAUAAAAUUUUUUCAGAUUGUUUUCCUCACAGUUGCCGGCGGACACGCUAUUCUUGCGCAAUGCAACUGCCUUGCGUAUCGCUUCGCCGUCCUUUACAGCAAAGAAUUUUUGGCGUUUGUGCUUUCGUGGAGAUCCUGGGCCAAAACGUUUGCAAUUUCCGUUGUUAUUACUGUUAUCGCUGAGAUCUACAUUGUCAAACUUCAGGUUCCACAAUCUGUAAGAAAUGAAUUUUGAACGAUAUUUUUUAACGUUUAUUUUCGUUUUUGUCUCUUGUACUUUGCACUGUGCAAAAUAAAAUUUUAUUUUUUAGCUGAUUCCCGACAGAAUCAAAAAAACCGCCGUUUCUUUUCCGCUGGCUGAGAUCCCGGUAACCAAAGACCAGGUCUUUAUGUACUGCGACGUCUCUGGUGAUCUCUCAAUGGUUACUUUAUCUUUCGUGUUAUUUGGAUUCUUCACGGCUGAGUUUGUCUCCAUCGGCUUCGUUACUUUCAUCCUCAAGGAAUUGCAAAGCAAAAAGGAUAAGUUUUCAAAACGCACAUAUCAACUGCAUCGGCAACUGACCAUCGCCUUAGGCGCGCAAGUGAGAGAAAAGUCAUAAAAAAUUUUCUUCGUAUAAGAUGUCACCUCUCACUUAAACUCUAAAAAAUCGAAUUUCAGCUACUCACUCCAAUUCUCUUCAUAUUGCUCCCCUUCCUGGCCAUCCUGUUUAUCCUCUACAUCAACGCCUAUUCCUCCAAACUACCCGGUCGCAUCAUUAUAAUUUGCUUUGAGCUUUAUGGCUUCGCGAAUUCGGCGAUUACAAUUUAUUUCAUCAAGCCUUAUCGGAGUAUUGUAAUCUACAAAAUCCGAGGUUUUCUUCGGCUGAAACGUCAUGAUAUCAUCGAGAAACGGCUGAGUGUAACUCCCGUUCAUCCAAUCGAAUCGCUAUUGAUGUAG